CAGAAGGCUCAACCACGUCUAGCAGGACACCCUGCGCUGGCGCCAGGCCUACCCGAUCGAGCCGUUCUCGCCACCCGCGUCGACGCGCAUGUUUGCGUUGGAGGUCGUCGCCAACGUCUUUUGUCAGCUUUGACACGCUCGUGCCGCUUGCGACAGCCCCAGAGGUCGUCGCGCCGGCGUGGCUCUUUACAGAGCACGAGAUCGACAGCGAGGGCGUCAAAGCCCCCUCCCAGCGUUUUUGAAUGGCGGGGCUGGGGGGUACGUUUAUCUGAUCGACCCCGAAACCUCGCGGGUGGUCAAGGACGAGCGCUACCCAAUGCACUUGGUCCUCAGCCUGCGCCAAGAGCUUGGCCAAUUUGUGGGCGGGCUGUUGCCGCAAGCGAACCAAGCGCUGGCGAUGAUCACUCUCCUUAA